AUGGACGCAAUCAAACAGACCUUCGCCAGGUGCAAGGAGCAGAAGCGUGCUGCCCUUGUCGCUUAUAUCACUGCUGGCUAUCCUUCUGUUGAGGAAGCCGUCGACAUCCUCCUCGGUCUUGAGAACGGUGGAGCCGAUAUCAUUGAGCUCGGAAUUCCCUUCACUGACCCUAUUGCUGAUGGUCCCACCAUUCAAACCGCCAACACUAAGGCCCUCGAGAACGGUGUCACUCUCACUACCGUCCUGCAGCUCGUCCGCGAUGCCCGCCGCCGUGGCCUUAAGGCCCCCUUGAUGCUGAUGGGUUACUUCAACCCAGUCCUCAAGUACGGAGAGGAGCGUAUGCUCAAGGACUGCAAGGAGGCUGGUGUCAACGGAUUCAUCAUGGUGGACCUUCCCCCAGAGGAGGCCGUCCGCUUCCGCGACCUCUGUGCCAGCAACAGGCAAGUCCUAACCCCUCUCCUUUCCUAUGUUCCUCUCAUUGCCCCCGCCACAUCCGACGCCCGCAUGCGCCUGCUUUGCAAAAUUGCCGACUCUUUCAUCUACGUCGUCUCUCGCAUGGGUGUGACCGGUGCUACCGGCCAGCUGAGCGCCAAUAUUCCAGAGCUCCUGGGCCGUGUGCACGAAUACUCUGGCAACGUCCCCGCUGCGCUUGGAUUCGGUGUCAGCACCCGCGAGCACUACCUGGCCGUUCAGGAUCAAGCUGAGGGUGUCGUCAUCGGUAGUCAGAUCAUCACCGUCGUUGGCCAGGCUCCUGCUGGCCAGGCUGCCAAGGCUGCGGAAGAGUACCUGUCUAGCGUCACCGGCCGCAAGCGUGAGCGUGAUGCUGCUGGCGCCUGGACUCGUGAGAUUAACAUCAUCGAGGCCAUCGAGAAGGCCCAGCCCGCCACUGAUGCCCACCCCACCAAGGUCAUCACUGACGCUGAUGUCCCCUCCGGACCGGGUCUCGGUGACCAGCUUGAGGCCCUCAACGUUACUCAGAACCCAUCCGCCCAGCCUUCCCGCUUCGGUGAGUUCGGCGGACAAUAUGUCCCUGAAUCCCUCAUGGACUGCUUGGCUGAGCUCGAGCGUGGUUUCGACACCGCAAACAACGACCCCAAGUUCUGGGAGGAGUUCCGCUCAUACUACCCAUACAUGGGCCGCCCCAGCAGCCUUCACCUGGCUCAGCGUCUGACCGAACAUGUUGGAGGAGCCAACAUCUGGUUGAAGCGCGAGGACCUUAACCACACCGGAAGUCACAAGAUCAACAACGCCCUUGGACAGAUUCUGAUUGCCCGUCGUCUGGGCAAGACUCGCAUUAUUGCUGAGACCGGUGCUGGCCAGCACGGUGUUGCCACUGCUACCGUCUGCGCCAAGUUCGGUAUGAAGUGCACCGUCUUCAUGGGUGCUGAGGAUGUCCGUCGCCAGGGCCUUAACGUUUUCCGCAUGAAGCUCCUUGGUGCUUCCGUUGUCGCUGUCGAGGCUGGUAGCCGCACCCUGCGUGAUGCCGUCAACGAGGCUCUCCGCGCUUGGGUUGUCGAGCUCGACAGCACCCACUAUAUCAUUGGUUCCGCUAUUGGUCCCCACCCCUUCCCUACCAUCGUCCGUACCUUCCAGUCAGUCAUCGGUAACGAGACCAAGGAGCAGAUGAAGGCCGAGAUCGGCAAGCUUCCCGAUGCUGUUGUCGCCUGUGUCGGUGGUGGCAGUAACGCCGUCGGCAUGUUCUACCCCUUCUCCAACGACCCCUCCGUCAAGCUCGUUGGUGUUGAGGCUGCCGGUGAUGGUAUCGAUACCGAUCGCCACUCCGCCACUCUUUCCGGUGGCUCCCACGGUGUCCUGCACGGUGUCCGUACCUACGUUCUGCAGAACGAGCACGGCCAAAUCGCCGAGACCCACUCCAUCUCUGCCGGUCUCGACUACCCCGGUGUCGGCCCCGAGCUCUCCAACUGGAAGGACAGCAACCGCGCCACCUUCAUCGCCGCUGAUGACAGCCAGGCUCUCGCUGGUUUCCGCGCUCUCGCCCAGCACGAGGGUAUCAUCCCUGCCCUGGAGUCCUCCCACGCCGUCUGGGGUGUCAUGGAGCUUGCCAAGACCAUGGGCAAGGGCCAGAACGUCGUUCUCAACGUCAGUGGCCGUGGUGACAAGGAUGUCCAGCAGGUCGCUGAUGAGCUUCCUCGCCUGGGUCCUAAGAUCAACUGGGACCUCCGCUUCUAA